CGCACUCCGCGGACUUUUUUUUUUUAAUUGCAAUAUCUCUCUCUCGCGCGAUCUUUGCCGUACUGGUGAACUUCCCAAAGUUCUCGAUCGCCAUGGGAGAAACCGCCCCUACUCCUCCUCCUCCUCCUCCUCGCAGCAGUUCCGUCCACCAGCUCCUCGGCGGCGGCUCAGUGGCCGAUGUUCUGUUGUGGCGGAGAUGGGGCGCGAGCUUGACGUUGUUAGUGGUUUCGUCGACCUCGUGGUAUCUAUUCGAGCGAGCGGGAUACAAUCUGCUGACGUUCGUGGCGAAUGUGUUGUUCCUCCUCGUUCUGAUACUCUUCCUGUGGGCGAAAUCUGCUUCUCUUCUCAAUCGGCCACUGCCGCCAAUUCCAGAUCUCGAAAUAACCGAGGAGACUGUUGACAAAGUUUCUCAAGUUGUUCAAGUUUAUGUGAACCAUAUAUUGGCAGUUGGAUGUGAAAUUGCAAUUGGCAGGAAUUUGAAAGUCUUCUUACGGGUCGCUUUUGUCUCAUGGAUCGUGUCCUAUGUUGGAAGCCUCUGCAGUUUUCUUACUUUUGCUUAUGUUGGGAUUCUUCUCAGUCUUUCAAUCCCAGUCCUGUAUGACAAAUACCAGCACCAGAUUGAUGAAAAGUUGGUUGUAGCACAGAGAAUACUUGAAGCUCAGCUAAGAAAAAUUGAUGAUACCCUUCUGAAGAAGCUUCCACUGCUAUCACACAAGGAAAAGAAGGUUCAAUAGGUAAAUGCUCCCGAUGUAUCACUCUUUUCCCCCUCUCCUACACUCUCGCGUGUCUAUGUCUACCUAUUGAUAUAUGAACCCUCACUACAAAGGUUUUUGGGUAAUUGGUCCCGGUAUUGAGCGUGGCCUUGAUUCUCGCAAGCUCAUUAGUCUUUCAGAAACCAUGAGGCACUUUAUUUGUCCGCUUUUCUGUUGAUUUUUUUAAAAGCUAUCCAGUUCUACCUCAUAUCUGUAUGCCCAUGUUCUGUAUUGAUGCUUCUUAGGGAUCAAUCUCAUCUAUUUCUAUCGAACUCUUUCCUGAGAGAAGAGCAUUGUCCAUUUCUAUGACUUGGUUCUGUCCAUGCUUUACCGCACUCUAUAUUUUAAUGCUAUGAAAGAAGGGAUAGGGGGGGGGGGGGGGGGGGGGGGGAUUUUAUCAUACUGAUUUCAAUUUUCUAUGGAAUACAUGCUGUACCAUGAUUUUGAGCACCAGGAAGUUAUUAUGUCUUGGAGAUAUCUGUGCUGAGGCAUGAGGGCUAUCUGUUGAUGUUAAGAUGGCUUGGUUCCUCAUUGUUGUUUGCUUCCCCUUUGAACGAUAGCAACCAUUUUAUUGAACUAGUUGAUAGAAUUAACAUAUGCACACAACUAUGUUCUGCUAUAUGUUAUGCUCGGCGAAAUCGUUCAUUUCCCAAUGUUUUGUUUACUUUAGUGCGUUAAUUCAAAUUCUCUUACUCAAUAUAAGCUUCACCAUCAUCUUCUUGGUCAUUUUCAGGUAGCUAGAGGUUUUGAACGCAGUUGCUGGCUCUUCUGAGUUUGGGAAUGUCUUCGUGCUAGUUUUUGGAAAAGGUCAAAUAGCUAUAGGGGAUGCAUAGUUUCUAUGUUGCUUAUUCCUGUUUGCCUUUCCCUCCAUCUUCCACCAGAAUCUGACUGUUAGAUCUCCAAUUCUUGUUCAUUCAUGUAGUUCGAUUGCUCGAGUAUCUUUUCCACCACCGGAGUGCAUUGAUGGCUUUGAGAGGGAAGAUGGAAAAUAGUUGCCUUGGUUUUUUAAGGUGUGGCAUUAGGCAGUGAGGUUCCACUUUGUACAUGAUCCAUUUUCUUUGGCGAAUGAGUUUGCUUAUAGUACUCAGACUUUGUAAUGUCAAGAUCUCGGUAUUUCUUUCACAGUUGAUCUGUGGCGAUAGCUUCUGUUCGUUGUUGUACGAAUCUCCGUCAUUUGCUUGAAACAGGUAAUAGAAUAGAACUGGAUUGGAUUGGGGAUUUUUCCAGAAACACCACUAUUUAAUAAAAAUAUUACAAAAAU